GCCAAUUCAAAUAUUGAGAAGUGAGGGCGCCAUUAUUUUCCCAACGCACGACUUGGAACAGUCCAUAAAAGAACAAAUAAGCUGGUGUGAUACAGAGGGGCCACGUCGUCUAACCAGCUGUCCUGCUACCUGAGCGGAGAUGACUGCAGAGGAAGCCGGGGAAGCGGCUUUGGCCAAUGGCAGCCCGCCCGCCAAACGUGGAAGAGGUCGCCCCAAAGGCAAGCCCAACGAGACCAAUCUCAACUUGCUUACCGGGACCAUCCCCCGGGUGCCCAAGGUGGUCCAGCUGUUCAGCGCAGGCUCCACUCCCACCAAGAAGUCGCGUCCGACCGGGCGACCGAAGAAGAGGCCCCCUGGUCGGCCGAGGAAGACUCCGCUGUCCCCGGAGGAGGUCGAGAUCCGGGAGCGGAAGAACAAGCACCGCAAGUGGAAGCCCCUCGGGAGGCCGCGCAUCCACCCCGUAGAGCUCGCCAAAAAGAAGAAGGGCAAGCCGGGACGCCCACGCAAGUAUCCCCAGUCCCCCAGUCGUGCCUCAAAGCCUGCCACCGUCAUGCGUUCACCAACGACAACAACAGCAGAAGGGUCGGAGGUUAAAAGACGACCGGGUAGGCCACUCUGGCUGAACAAACGCCGUGGGACGAAAUUAAGCCAUAAGAAGACUCACACGACUCCUCGUCCUGUAGGGGCAGUGCCACGCAAGAGGGGCCGGCCACCCGGAAGUGGCUAUCUCCAGAAGAUGCAGCAGCAGCAAGACGCAGAUGUCUCUUCGCCUCCGAGAAAGAGAGGCAGGCCACCAGGCAGCAAGACUCCUGAGGUAGAGAAACCCAAGUCGGGCAGGAAAAGGGGCCGGCCAUCAGGCACCUUUGGAAAGAAGAGGCUCGCAUUUGAGAAGUCUGUAGAAGACGGUGUGGAAGCAGAACUAGAAGAGGAGCAGGAAGUGGAGGCGGGACAAGCAGCCGCAGAAGCCAAUGGGGACACAGAGUUGGCAUCUGUGGAGGACGAUGAGGCAGAACUUGGGGCUGGGGGUGGUGAGGAGGGUGGGGCUGUGGAGGCUGAGGCUGAAGCUGUGGAGGCUGAAGCUGUGGAGGCUGAAGCUGUGGAGGCUGAAGCUGUGGAGGCUGAAGCUGUGGAGGCUGAAGCUGUGGAGGCUGAGGCUGAAGCUGUGCAGGAUGAAGCUGUGGCUGAGCAGGCUGUGGCUGUGGAGGCGGUGGCUGUGGAGGCGGUGACUGUGGAGGCUGUGGCUGUGGAGGCAACACCAGCAGCAGGCAGGAAAAGCCGCUCAAAGAGGAAGAAAUGAGCUGUGGGGUUGAAAGAGGAGGGGGAAAAAGCCUAGAAGUGUUGACUUUGCCAACAUUUUUUUUGUUAAGUCAAAUCAAGUUCAACUGUAUAUCUUAUGUUUGUUAUAUUGUCCUCAAAUGUCAGUGCAUAACCUGCAGCAGCUUAUGUCCUAUACUCUAAUGCAGACAGAUGUUGAGCAGCACUGCAUUUUAUUUACCUGAUCACGAUGACCAUCCCCUUAUAUUGUAGGACCAUCCAAUUAUAAUGUAGGUUUACUCCAGAGAACAAGAUAUAAAAUCUCCAUUAACUCAACUCAAGAAAUUUAAAUCCAACACCAAAAGCAUGCCUCCGUGUGUGGUGAAAAUAUAAGUGGUGUGUCCGCCCACAAUUAUGACAUUGCCAAAAUUGUUGUGCGAAAUGUAAGCUACAGCACCUCUAAGUUUCUGUCAGCUUGCUGACAGGCACUGAGUUUGUGAAUGUUUUGAAAAUCCCAGUAACAAGGUUUAUUUUAUAUUUAAAAGGAGAAGGAAGUGGUCCUCAAAAACGUACAGAUAUGAACUAUGAUACAUUUAAGAAGGAAGAUGUUGAGUUGCAGUUGACUCAUUUCAUGUGAAAAUAAGUACCCCUUUUUAUGCUUUGUUUUUUGUUAGUCAAUUCUUUUUUUAAGUUUUAUUUGAUCUUUGUUGUUCAAGCUAGCGUUGGCCUAUAUAUUUUUAAAGCUUGUUUGUAAGUGCUUGUAAGGUUGCAAGUCCCAUUGUAAAGGGAAACAAUAAAAAAACAGUUUUUUUCUAACCGAC